AUGUCUUUCGAGAAAGGAAUCCGAGCAUAUUUCGAGGAUACGCGUCCUGCUAAGCUAUCCUAUAAUAAUUUCUUGUAUAGAAAUAAACCGUUAAUAAUUGAACAAGCUGACAACAAAUCAUGGUCGACUCAAAACGGCAGAUGGAAGAAACGAUUUAUGUUAAUUGCGCAAGAAUUGAUAUCUGACGAAACGAUUAUCGAAAAGUACAGUGUAUUCAUGGAGGAUGGGGUGACGUUCCCCGCCCUCGUCUUAAGCAUAGGGCGAUUUGAAGGAGCUUCGGCGAGUGACGUUCUCGUGAUAAUACACGGAUUACAAAAUGAAAAAGCGAGCAGAAAUUUCUGGGUGCAAAUCGAGAAUAUGCAAAGCUCAAGACUGAUUGAGGAGAAACGGGAUAGAAUCAAACGCAAGAGUACAGCCGAAGACUUUCAGUCUGAUAGUGAUUCUUUUGCGGAUUUAUCUACCAUUGGAAGUGAGGAGUCAUCAACUGACAUUCAAUAUCCCCCCAUUGAAAGUGAGGAGUCAUCAAGUGUACUGGAAAAUUUGGAGAAUAAGAAUCGUUUGGCUACUACAUACAAGGUUGUUUCCCUCUUCGAUAGACAAUUUCCAUAUACGAAAGAACUUUACAAUACAUUCCCUGAUCAAAUGAGAACGUUAGAGAAUAAAUGGAAAAAGGUUGAAGCCAAUAUCCAAAAAACAGUCGAAGAAAGAUGGAAUGUAUCUCAACUGAAAGAACUUGUGGAUAAGUACUAUAAGAUAAUAGUAGAUCAUUUUGAUGAAUUAUUGGAUGUUGAUCACGAGAAGCUUAUUACAAUGUUCAGUAAACCUCCCUAUGAUGAUUUUUCUUAUAAACGUGAUGAUGAAUUGAUUUGGUGUCAGAGAAUAUUUAUUGAUUUGACUCGACAAUUUCUACGUAAUAGAGGUGCUCUAUUUGAUAAAGAAGCCUGUGAGCUUCGUUAUCGCUCAGAAAUUGUGAAUCCUCUGCUUGCAGGGGUAUUUGAAAUGAUUGAACGUUCUAUAUGGCUUGAAACCGGAGAAAUUGAGAACGAAAUUCAAAAAAUGCAACGGAAUGAUACUAAGGAAGAUAAGGAGCGGUCAAAACUUGGAAUUAAACAUGAUGGUGUGAUCAACAUGAUAAUACAUGGAAAAAAAUAUCAGAUCGGAUUUCUUGAGGUCUUAGGCAACGCCUUUAACAAAGACAUAACUGAUAGGAAUAUUGACUUAGAGAAGUUAUAUAAAGCAAUGUCACUAUCAUUGUGGAAUCAACGUGCACAUCUCGAUAUUGAAACUUCACAACAAUUAUCAACUUUUGCUGUACUAGUCCAUG